AUGGUCUGCUUAAACUCUUUUGAAGACACGGCCCACCUAGCAAAAAGACCCACCGUGGUUGCUCAUCUAAAAAAAAACUGCCUCAAUUUCACAAUCCUGAUAGCAAACUCACUCAGUCCUCCCAACCUGCCGCGGCACUACGAUUUUCGUUUCACCUUCAUUUUCGUCCGAUUAUUAUUAUUACUCGCACGCCGGGGAAAGGCGCAUCACGUUUCGCCCUGCCACAGCCAGCGCCUCCACAGUUGCACGGUGCAAGCGCAGCACAGCGCGCAGAGCCGCCACACCCCUCGCCUCGCCUCCGCCUCCGCCUCCGCCUCCUUUAAAUACGGCCGCAAAUGGCUCCCGCGGCGCUGCUCCACCCUGCCCUCCCCUCCACGAGCGCUGCCGCAGCCCGCCGCCGCUACGGCCGCAGCCCGCCGCCGCUACGGCCGCAGCCACCGCGCCCCUCCGCCCGUCGCGCGCCGCUCCCGCCGCCACCUGCUGCGCCCGAUGGCCUCGCCGACGACGGCCCAGGCCCCCGCGCCGGCGCCCCCGGGCCUGAAGGAGGGCAUCGCGGGGCUCUACGACGAGUCGUCGGGGCUCUGGGAGAGCAUCUGGGGCGACCACAUGCACCACGGCUUCUACGACUCCGGCGAGGCGGCCUCCAUGGCGGACCACCGCCGCGCCCAGAUCCGCAUGAUCGAGGAGGCGCUCGCCUUCGCCGCCGUCCCAGAUGAUCCGGAGAAGAAGCCCAAAACGGUAGUCGAUGUAGGAUGCGGAAUUGGUGGUAGCUCGAGGUACCUGGCCAAGAAAUACGGAGCACAGUGCAAGGGCAUCACGCUGAGCCCCGUUCAAGCUGAAAGAGGAAACGCUCUCGCCGCUGCGCAGGGGUUGUCGGAUCAGGUUUCUCUGCAAGUUGCUGAUGCUCUGGAGCAACCGUUUCCUGAUGGACAGUUCGAUCUUGUGUGGUCCAUGGAGAGUGGCGAGCACAUGCCGGACAAGAGCAAGUUUGUUAGUGAGCUGGCACGCGUGGCGGCUCCUGGAGGGACAAUAAUCAUCGUGACAUGGUGCCAUCGGAACCUGGAGCCAUCUGAAACCUCGCUGAAACCGGAUGAACUGAACCUCCUCAAGAGGAUUUGCGAUGCGUACUACCUUCCUGACUGGUGCUCACCCUCAGACUAUGUGAGCAUCGCCAAGUCUCUGUCUCUCGAGGAUGUCAAGACAGCCGAUUGGUCGGAGAACGUGGCCCCAUUCUGGCCGGCCGUGAUAAAAUCAGCACUGACAUGGAAGGGCAUCACCUCUCUCCUGACAAGCGGGUGGAAGACGAUCAGAGGGGCGAUGGUGAUGCCACUGAUGAUCCAGGGCUACAAGAAGGGGCUCAUCAAGUUCACCAUCAUCACCUGUCGCAAGCCCGGAGCAGCGUAGGAGGUCAAGUUACCGUCGCGGCGCCUCUGUUCGGCGCAAUAACGUAGAACCAAAUACCUACCAAUGGCGAGCUAGAAACUAGAAGGCGCCCCGUCGUCGUCUUCUCUUUCUUUCUGUACGCGCACGCACGUUUGGCCAUGUGCCCCAUUCCCAAUAAUUUUCUACCACUCGUUGAGAUAGCAGAUUUCAAAUUGA